AUGCGCUGUCUCUGUCUCCAAAACGUUUGCCUAAAGUAUAAAAUAGAACAAAAUCUGCUAGUAAAGAAAGUACAUUGAGCCCUCCCCACGUCACCGAAACAGACGUCUCAAACAUAUUUCGAUGGUGCUGGGUGUUUAGUUCUAUCAGUCUAAAAAGAUGGUACUUAUGACAAUGAUUGCGAGGGUAGCGGACGCUCUUCCUCUGGCAGCGUCAAUGCAGGAGGAUGAACAGCAAGGUAGAGACCUGAUGGACUAUCAGAAUCAAGCCAAACAGCUGUUUAGGAAACUCGCUCAAGAUCCACAACCCCCAGCCAGGUGCAGUCUGGAAACUGGACCCUAUAUCUUUCAUUACGUGAUUGAGAGAGGUGUUUGCUUUCUGGUGCUGUGUGAGCAGUCCUUUUCAAAAAGACUGGCGUUUUCCUUCUUAGAGGAUUUACACACUGAGUUUACUUCACAUUAUGGACAGAAAGUGGAUUCUGUGUCCAGGCCAUAUAGUUUUAUAGAGUUUGAUUCAUAUAUAAAGAAGUCAAGAAAAAAUUACAUGGAUUCCAGAGCACGAAAGAAUCUUUCCAACAUCAACACAGAGUUACAAGAUGUACACAGGAUAAUGGUGCAGAAUAUCGAAGAUGUACUUGUGCGAGGGGAAUCUCUAUCUGCCCUGGACAGUAAGGCCAGUAAUUUGUCAGUGCUGUCCCAGAAAUAUAAGAAAGAUGCUCGCUACCUUAACCUAAGAUCAACAUACGCGAAAAUAGCAGCCAUAGUGAUUGUAAUAAUCGUUCUCCUGCUCUUCCUCAGAUACAUGAUUUGGUGAUAUUUUGAUUAACAUGACCAAGAAAUGCUUCAGUAAUAGUAAAAUCAAACAUUUAAAGGAAGUCGAAUCGUGCUGUAACAUACAAGCAACUGAUUAAUAGCCAGCAACAGGAAGAAGUAUGAUUAACAUCUAUUGUGAUGUAGACCGAGUUUGGCCUGGAACCACACAAUACAUUUCAACUUUAAUGAAACCCUUAUUUUUAUUUAGGUUAUGUACGCGAGAGCAGGUGCUACAGAGAGCUCAUUAGGCAAUGCUUGGUGUAUACAUGGUUCUAAUGACAGGGACAUUCUUCUCGUGUCUCUGUUUGAUUUCUUAUUGUGUUCAAGCAUAACUUCAUGCUUUAUUAGGUGGUGUGUGGCGUAUUUGUGUGUAAGACUUUUCAUUAUGUGUUCCUGUUUAUAACUUCAUGCUUUAUUAGGUGGUGUGUGGCGUAUUUGUGUGUAAGACUUUUCAUUAUGUGCUCCUGUUCGUGUUCAUCUAUAAGCUUGAGUUGUUGAGGUUGUAUUAUUUAUGGUUAUCAAUAAUCACAACUCUCUGUUGGUUUCACCCUAUUUUAAUGCACUUUAGAUACUGAAUACAAUUGAGAUUGGGCACAAGUCUGUGUAACUUGGCCUUCUCCCUGAGACAACUGUCGUGUAAUGUGAGAAUGUUUGAAAAUGUAAUACCGGUAGAAUGACGUUCAUGGAUUUAUGUACUUAGUAAUGUUGUUCAUUUAUUAAGUGUUGAAAAAAUCAGCAUUAUGAAAUUCACUGAAAUUAAAACAUAGUUAACCUCCAUGAGAAGUAUAACCAGAAAGUACCAGAAAGGUUUCAGAACUAGAACUGAUUUUACAGAUGAUUAGAGUUUAUUUAUUGUAUGUUUAUUUCUGAGAGAUCUGUGAGAGAAAGCUUAAUGUAUGUAUAUAGUGUGCUUAUAUAUUUACAGAUAUGAUUUCAUUGACUUAUUCAAAAUCAUGAAUUUGUUAUGACUCUUUGGAAUAAAGUGAUUCUUCAGUUAUAA